AGAAUGGUAAUGGACGUCAUUUUUUCAGAGGAGAGAUUCUGACCAAUGAUGACGCACGGCUUUCUGACUGACAGCAAGUUGCCAUCCGGCGCCUCAUAUGGAUUCGACAACUCGUGAAAGCUGUGUGUUCGUGGAGGUCACACAGACAGCGCCGUAGAUUCAACUUUGUUUUUGUCCUGCAUAUCUUUAUUCAGCUCGAGCCUCCGAACGGGCGAUUUCUACAUUCUCUUGCAGCACCGUUGCAAGUCCUCUGGAAGCCAAAGGAACGCAACAAUUAAGAAUUCAGCACCGGAGCUGUCCACGCCGUCUUACAUUUAGACAUCCUACUCUAAACGUCGGCGAGUCCAUUCAGUCGCCCGACCAGCCCUCCAAGAAGUGCAGGGAUUGGAAUCCACUUACGGGACCAUUCACUGGUGAAAGAGCGACGUACUCUUCUGUGGCUCGCGAGCCCUGAGAUGCCGGGAAGCCGCGCGUAAAGAUAAAGGGCGAACGUGUUCUGUGUCCAGUAGUGCCGUACGAUUCCACCCAGAGGUCCUAGCUCCUCCCCCUGCGGCCAUGGGCGUUCUCAUGUCGAAGAAGCAACAGGUGGAGAAGGUGCAGAAGUGCAGCUCUGUCAUCGCCGCCUUUAAGGAGGGCGUCAAGGAUCGGCCCGCCCCCUCCACCUCUGCCCAAUCAGAGGGCUCUCCUGAGGCAGGAGAGAAAGUGGAGGAAGUGAUCCCUGCGUCCAGCGAAAAAGAGAAAGAGAAAGAAUCUGAACAUAAGGAGGAGGACGCAACACCUGGUCCGUCCAAUGAAGCGUCUGUGGCACUCAGGGAAGACUGCCAAAAGGCCAAUCAAGAAGCCUGGUCCCGCCUCCGGGAUGGAAAAGGGGUGGAGCCAGAGGACCUGGUCAAGGCCCACCAACUGACUCCUCCCGCUUUCAUCAGACCAAAGAGAGACAUCAAUGAUGACCAGCCACUGGAGGUGGACCUUGCUCAGAGAGAACAGCCAGCCAACGACGAGAUGUGUGACGUGUGUGAGGUGUGGACAGCGGACGACCUGUUCCCGUGUCGGACGUGCACGCGUGUCUUCCACGACGGCUGUGUGUGUGAGCUGGGCUACCUGCGUGCCGAAGCCCUGCAGACCAUGAGGGAGAUGGCACACACCGCCGCCGGAUGGAGCUGCUACUACUGCGACAACGUGAACCUGCUCCUGACCGAGGAGGAGAUGUACAGCCUCAUGGAGACCUUUAAGCAGUGCAGGAUCAUCCCAGAAUCUUACCUGGUGUCUGAUGAGCUCCUGCAGUACCGGCACUUCGUCUCCAAGCAGCUGUUCGACAAGGACCUGACGGACGAGGAGGAGGAGGAGGCGUUGGCCCAGUUCGCCGCCCUUGACCCGGAGAAGCACGGCCAGAUCGAGUGGAUCGACUUCCUGUACCACGAGUCUCUGUCUGUGCUCAGGAAGUUCCGCACAGAGAAUUCCCUGGUGCGGUUGCUGACAGCCAAGGAGCGGGACCGGGCUCGUGCGGUUUUCCAGAGUCUGGACCAGGACAAAGAUGGCAUCAUCAUGGAUGGCGAGAUGCUGCGGGCCCAGGCGUCCUGGUUCCAGAAACUCAGUCAGGACCAGGAGUCCCAGUCCUGUAAUGUCAGCUUCAUGGGUUUGUGUUCCCCAAUGUCCAGUAUGGGCAUCAGCCAUGUUGGACCCAUAUCAGAGAACAGUCCAGCCAGCUCCAGUGGUGAGAGAAGCAGAGACGACAACAGGGCUGUGAUCUGGGACGCCUUCCUGAGAGAGAGUUCCAUCUACAUCCUGGCCGCUCGUCCCAACAGCGGCGCCAUGCACAUCCGCCUGCCCCAGUGACCCCUAGUGACCCCGCACAGCCACAGGGGUACACGCCAGGGGUGAGGGGUCAAAGGUCAAAGGUGAGGGGUGAGAGGUGUGGUGAUAAAGCUGGAGAGAGCCGGAGACGUGCCACAGUGCUGAACUGAAAACAAGCCAUCAAUGAGAACCCUUUAUGCCACUGCAUACACACACACAUACGCAUACACUACACACACACUACACACACACUACACACACACACACUUCACACGCAUACACACACACUACACUACACUACACACACACACACACACACACACACACACACAUACACACAUAUACGCACACACACACACACACAUAUACGCACACACACACACACACACAGCCCAGUCUGUUCCAGUGACAGCCUGACGCUCAUGUGGCUGUAGAGCUGAGGGUUAAGGGGUUUCAGAGCGGCCUUAAGGCUUCAACAUACUCGCCACUCCCGACUGGUAGCGCGACAAUGUGACGUCACGGGAGCGCCGGUAACCAUUUAUACUCGCGCGUGGUGGUCACUAUGGUUGCGACACUAGUUGCAAUAUUCUCCUGAAUUGGCAUUGGCCUCAAUGGCAGCAAAAACUCCCCUCUGUGAUGAUACUUCAGACUUCAGUUACUGCUAUUCACAACUACCAUCUAGUUUCCAAGGUGUGUGCAGCUAGAUAGAUAGAUAGAUAGAUAGAUAGAUAGAUAGAUAGAUAGAUACUUUAUUCAUCCCGAGGGAAAUUUUAGCAAGCUAGCUGGCUUUCAGUAAGCUAGCUGGCUGGUGCUGAGAAAUGAGUUUGUGUAAUUUCCUGAGGUGGAAUGAGAUUUUUUUCAGGUCUUAGAUAUCCUUUGGUUGAAGAUAAAUAUCUUUGUUACCUUUUGCUGGAUUAUUGGCAUGUCCCUGGGUCCUAGUUCUUUCAUCUUAAUUCCCUCUCUCUGGUAGCUUCAUUAACUUAUCCAGCAGACUAUUUAAAAAUCACGAACUCUCGCUGGUAACCUAGUCAGGUUAAUUUCCCUCUCUUCUCAAACUGACUAUUCAAACAUGUUUAUUUAAGAUGUGGGCUAGGCUAUAUGAAAUGCCUGAAUGUGGUUGAUGUCUGUAUAGAGGCACGCAUGCUCCCUGAUCUUGGCUUCAAGCUCAUCCUGCUUGUCGCGCGCAUCUGAAAAAAAAUCUCCAGUGCACGACCUGCCUGCGGAGGCUGAAAUUUCUCGUGCGACAGAGGAAAUGACGCAAUUUUGACGUCACAUUGUCGCGCUACCGGUCGGGUGCGGCAAGUAUGUUGGACGUUUUAGUUGGAUCACAGCUGAGCGGAGGUUUUGAUAGGAGCGCUGGGAACAGCUGAUCGAUCUGAGGACCAGCAGCGCUGAGCUCACCCCAUCGCCCUAUUGAAACAGGCAGAAGUACUUACCCCGCCCACACAAACACACACAAACACACACACUCCUACUGAAACAGGCAGAAGUACUUACCCCACCCCCACAAACACACACAAACACAAACACACACACUCCUACUGAAACAGGCAGAAGUACUUACCCCACCCCCACAAACACACACAGGGGGCGCUUUCAGCUCCCUCAAAUCUCUCAAGUCAGUCUGCCGCUCUCUCAAAUCUGACUUUAACGGUCAGUCUGCCGCUCCACACUGGCCUGUCUCAGUCCUGCUGCAGUUUUAACCAGGCUAUCGGCUUCACAACAUACAUACAUACAGUAUGGCUAUUAUACAGAGAGAUAUCAAAACUAUAUAUUAAUACAUAUUGACCUGUAUUUAUUCCAGAACCUUAAAAGUGACCAUAGUUUAUCCCUGCCCUGUUCUCAGAGGGGCAAUUGGUGUGUGAACUGGUGUAAGCUGGUUUGCGGUCAGUCGGCCAUCUUAAAUGUCCUGAGCAGGUAGCAGGCUGGCCGGUACUGACUGAGCACUAAGUCCCAGGUGAUGUAGGCCUCCGCCCCCUCCCUACGCCCACAGCAAGCAGCGGGGUGGAGAACUGAGCUAUCUCUGACCCAGGUCCCAUCUGGACUUGAUUCUCCUUUGAUCUGUCUCUGAUCUAGUUCCGUCCAGACAUGGCCUCUCUUGAUCUUGCUUUGACCACCCAGGUCUGGCUCAGAUCUGCUCCAGAACCAGCUCUGACCUGAAACAGAUCUGAUCCCAAAGCCACCCCAUUGCCUGUUUGUACAGGACAAAUGCUCUCACAAAAAAACCAAGCCCAUCGUUCCGGAGCUGGGAUGUUGAUUUGUACACUUUCUAAUUAGCUAUUGUGAGCAUGCUCAAACUGCCCAGCAAACUACCAAUUGGAUGGGACUUUGACCUGAUUCUAAAUCUUGUCAGGACCAACUGAAUAGACCUUUUUCACAGCAGCCAUUUUGAACAUGAAAUGUAUGGCAAGCUCAGCUGUUACUAAUGAUAUUAAUUAAGGUUCUAAUUCUGCUACACUGAAAUUGAGCAGAGACUUCAUUAGAAUAAUUAUAAUUAUUAACUCCUGUGCUUGCUCUACUAUUUCAUGACAAAAUGGCUGCUUUAAAAAAGGUGUGUCUGUCGGAGAUGAAAUGGGGUCAGAAUCAUACAAUGUGUGCCCAGCUACAGAUGCCGCUGUGUGUGUGUCUGUCUAUGGUGAGCACCCGUGGGUGCUAAUAGAGGGGCACGCGGCAUCAUCGCCCUGUUAAUGCCAAGCGAAGGGUCCAGUAUCUACUCAGACAAGAAGAAGAACACCAUUUCCAUUAAGACCACUAAACCAGAUCAUGCCUUGAUGGGUUACUGCUAGCAGUGAACCAUCGGAAUGAUGCCAUCCUAGUUUAUUUCAAUGCCAUGUUUUUAAAGAAACGAUGGCAUCCUAGUUUAUUUCAAUGCCAUGUUUAUAAGUGUGUGUGGAACGAUGCCAUCCUAGUUUAUUUCAAUGCCAUGUUUAUAAGUGUGUGUAGAGGUGUCAUGCAAUGUUCAUGUUGAGAUUUGUGGAGAAACUUCUGGUAGCACAUAUAAUGCUGACUGUCUGAGCUUGGGUGGGAUGGGCAUAUCAAACGCAAAUAAAUGCACGUCAUUAACCCAAA